AUGAAGUUCACCAUCGUCUCCUUCGCCUCUCUCCUCCUCCUCGCCUCUUCUGCCUCUGCUUUGCAGCCCGGUGAUAUCCCUUCCAACAUCGCUGUCCGCUCUUUUGGCGAUGGCGAGAUUCACCACUACUAUGAGAAAGAUGCCAUCGAGUACUUCAAGAAGCGCUCGGAAGCUGCCGAAGCCGAGCUCGCCAAACGCGACUCUGAAAUUAUCGAGUUGAGGAAGAGCCAGGAUCCGGAAUCGGACCUCUACCCCGUCAGCAGUUCGGGAGGUACCAGUGGCCUGAGCACCUUUGCUGGGGCUGGGGAUGCUGGCGGUGCUUCGCAGAACGCGCAGUGA